AUCAACUCGAUCCAAUAUUCGUGACGGGUUGAUUUCUAAAUUUUUUGUAAUUAUCUUGAUUAUGCUACGAAAAGAUGAAAGACUUAAGAAAUGUAAUCAAACAGACGUUUAUAUUUAAAAAUCAUCAUAAUUAAGAAAUCGGUAUUAUUAUUACCGUUUAGGUAUCGAGACGAGCAGGUAGGUAGUAGUUUUUAGCUAAAAUGUCCAAAAGAUCUGCCGAGGAGAGUGGAAAUGGCAGCAGUCAGCCAUCGAUUAAGAAAGUUCACUUCGAACCACACCUUAUCGGUCCUGUAUCCACUCUGGAAGAAAUGGACAUAAAAGUCCUUCAGUUCCAAAAUAAAAAACUAGCUCAGAGAAUAGAACAAAGACAUAGAUGUGAAGCAGAGCUCCGUGCUAGGAUUGAACAAUUGGAGAAGCGUCAAACUCAAGAUGAUGCUGUCUUGUGUGUUGUUAACAGAUACUGGAAUCUCCUGAAUGAAGAUAUUAGAGUUUUAUUACAAAGGUUUGAUGCUGAGACAGCGGACGAAUCAGAAAACAAAAAUGAAAAUGAAGCUACAACAUCUUUCCUCAUGCAGUUGUCUACAUGGGAUAAAGAGGAGUUGGAUGCCCAGCUUGCAAACAGAGUUCAAGUCAGUAAGAGAGCUGUAGCGAAGGUCUUGCAAGCUUUUGAUAGACUGCAGCAAAGAAAUGACAAAAUCUGGCGAGCUAUUAAAGGGGAAGGAGAAGAAGGUAAUCCUGCACCUUCUAUGGAUGAGAUAAUCAGAACAACCAAUGAAGAAGUCACAGCCGAGAACCGCAGAUUGCAAGCUCUGAGCACAACACUACAUGAGAACCAUCAUGCCAUGACAUUAAGAGUUGCUCAGCUGCAAGAUGCUGUUAAUAGUCGAGACACCGAAAAUGCAGAGUUGAAGAAUCAAAUUGACGAUUUACAGUAUGAAUUAAUGAAGGUGAGAUCACGUAACGACAAAUUGGAAAAUCAUUUAGCGGAGGCUAUAGAAAAAUUGAAGAGUUAUCAUCAGUCUGGUAACACACCAGCACCGAACUGUGCACCAACUCCACACUCAGUGGUAGCUAAUGCAAAGCUGGAAGAUAUUGCAGCAGAAUUAGAAGAGCAGAAAGAAUUAGCAAACAAUCGUUUAGUUGAACUUGAAAGGCUUCAUAGACAACACAGGGAUACCCUUAAAGAAUUGGAGAAGUUAAAAAUGGAUAUUCGCCAAUUACCAGAGUCAGUCAUCGUAGAGACCACAGAAUACAAAUGUCUUCAGAGUCAAUUCUCUGUUUUGUACAAUGAGUCGAUGCAAAUGAAAACAGCACUAGAUGAGACAAGACUUCAACUGCAGAAUGCUAAAAAUCUGCAUAUGAGACAAAUUGAAAUUAUGGAGAGUGAAGAACUGGCACGGCAAAAGGCGUUACGAGCGGAGAUGAUUCAGCUAGAAGAUGUUCUCGGUCAACUGCGGAAAGAAUAUGAAAUGCUACGGAUUGAAUUUGAACAGAAUCUUGCGGCUAACGAACAGACGGGGCCCAUUAACAGAGAGAUGAGACAUUUGAUUACUUCACUGCAGAAUCAUAAUCAACAACUGAAGGGCGAGGUCCAUAGAUAUAAAAGAAAAUACAAGGAUACCAGUCAGGAACUAAAUAAACUUCGUAAAGAAAUGGAGGAACAGACUACGCGCGUUGGCAACUCUUCAGAUCAGACAGAUGAGAAACCACUUGCUGUAAAGAAGGAGGAACCAGAUCCGGAGAGUGAGGAAGGUGUUAGCGGUGGUGGGUGUGAGAUGAAGCACUCCAUCAGCAAGGACCACGGACGAGCCAAGAUUCAGGAGCAGGAGCUUAUCAUCAAGGAUCUCAAGCAACAGCUCAAGAAAGCAGUAAAUGAGCAAAAGGAGCUUAAACUUCUUCUUGACAUGUACAAGGGUGUGAGUAAGGAGCAAAGGGAUAAAGUGCAACUGAUGGCAGCCGAGAGGAAAGCCAGGCAGGAACUUGAGGAUCAUCGGCAAAAGGCUAAAAUGGCUCAGGAAAGCAAACGCGAGCGGCGUAUGGCAGAUGAGGACGCUCUGAGGAAGAUCAAGCAGUUAGAGGAGCAGAAAUAUGAGUUGCAGAAGCAGCUGUCCUGCGUUAGGCCCAAUGCAGACGCCAUACACGCGAUAUCCAGACCCUUCGCUGGCUCACAAGAAGAAGAAGCACUGCUGAAUGAAAUGGAAGUCACUGGUCAAGCAUUCGAGGAUAUGCAAGAACAGAACUCACGCCUGAUCCAGCAGCUGAGAGAGAAAGAUGAUGCCAACUUCAAGCUCAUGUCGGAGAGGAUCAAAGCUAACUCAUUGCACAAACUGCUGCGAGAAGAGAAGCAGUUGUUACAAGAACAGGUGGUGACCCGUGACCAGCAGAUCGAGUCGAUGGGUCUGGUGGCGCGGCGGCUGGAGGAGAAGGAACGGCUGCUGCAGAGCACGCUGUCGGCCGUGGAGAAGGAGCUGCUGCUGCGUCAGCAGGCCAUGGAGAUGCACAAACGGAAGGCCAUCGAGUCGGCGCAGUCCGCCGCCGAUCUCAAACUGCAUUUAGAGAAAUACCAUGCACAGAUGAAGGAAGCUCAGCAAGUGGUUGCGGAAAAGACGAGCGCGCUUGAGGCAGAGGCUUACAAGACCAAGCGAUUACAUGAGGAACUGGCCAUCCUGCGUCGUAAAGCGGAGCGAAUGAAGAAGAUGGAGCAGGCGGGUAGCUCCAUGGACGAGGUGCUUCUAGAAGAGAUCCGGGAAUAUAAGGAAACACUCACAUGUCCUUCUUGCAAGGUAAAACGGAAGGACGCCGUACUGACGAAGUGUUUCCACGUGUUCUGCUGGGACUGUCUCCGCACGCGGUACGAGACACGCCAGCGGAAGUGUCCCAAGUGUAACGCGGCCUUCGGGGCUAACGACUACCAUAGACUUUACCUCUCGACGUAGGCAGAGCUCUGGCAAGUGCUAUGAGACUUUCGGAACUCACGAUCACCGCAGACUAUGCUCUACCAGAGGACUAUCGGAAACAAACGACAACUUUGUGUGUCCCGAUGCUUGUCUAAUGCUGCAGGUUUUGUGGGAUAAACGAUCGCCACAGAUGUAUGUCAGAGUAGACUGAGUUCUGCUUACGUCAUUUAAAACAUGACAGACUCAAUAUUUACGUAUACACACAAGUUUACUUGUCAAUGUCGGGAUGAAUUGUACUACAAAUUACAUGGAUUUAUUGUCUCAGGCUCUUAUCUACGUUACAUUACGGACAAACAAUCACCAUAGACUAUAUAUUUAACAAUAAUCACUAUCAACAUCUCAUAGAUUUUAUUGAUAAAAGUAACUAUUAACUCCCAAGAGCAUGUCAGCAUCUGUCACAAUGUUGUCAAUUAUUGCCAUAGACAAUAUUAUUAAGACAAGAGGAUAAUUAUAUCUGUGCAUUGUUCUAGUAAAUUUAUUAUUUAUGUUUAACGAUUAAAGUUGUUAACUCCAGAACAGUUGACAGCAUGAUUGAUACCAAUUGGUACAGUCAUUAUCAUUGAGUACCAACAAAUGACUUUGUAGAUUGCCUAAUAGCCUUAGAAACAACAACAAUAAUAAACUAUUCUAAGGUUAAUAACCUCACAAUGAUCUCAAUUUUCAAUCGCUGAAUCAAAACCAACCACAGGUUGUCAAAAAAUAAUUAUUUUUCCCGCCAUAUCUCAUGAAACAUAUUUCGGAUGGCAUAUAAGUAUAAAUAUGACGAAAGUACACCCAUAAGACUACUUGAAAAUGACUGUAAAUUUACGAACUUGGUAUAUUGAUUAUGUAUGUAUCUAUAUUGACAUUUUUUUUAGUUUUAUUAACAACAUUGUACGGUAGUACAUUUACAUAUUCUCUCGUAAAUACUACAACUAAAGUUUAUAAUUCUUUUGUGAGAACCACUGUUACUUUUUGAUUAACUAUUUGUAUAACGAAAUAAUAUUUAUUCGCUAGCGAAUUGUCGAGAACACGGGACAUGAGAUUUAAUUCAAUAGUGGAAGGAAUAAAGAUGUUAAUAACAACAAAUGAAUGACGCAAUAAACUCGUCUAAAUAUGAAAUGCGGGUUUUUUUCUAAAACCAAGACUAUUGUAGAAGUCUAAUCUUGACAAGACAAACCCAACCUAAAUUUCAUUUAUAUUUUCUUAUUCUUUCCAUGUAUCAAAUACAAUGCUAAUAAUUUUUUUACAUGAUGUUGGUCAAAACCUUUAUGUUGCAGCCAUCAGAUCAAAUCAGCCAGUUAAUUUGAAGCUACCUUUCAUUUAAUGUCGGCAGUGAACUUAAUGGCCUACAACCAACUAGCUAAGUCCUUAAACGCUACAUUGAACUGGCCGUUAAUCAUCUAGCCAUUAACUUAACUUUAACUUGAACAUUGAUGAAUUUUUCUUUUUAAGUUUAUUUACUUAUUGGUAAUUGUUCAGUGAAAUUUUAAAUUGAAAUAAGUAAAAACAACACAAUAGGUAGAAUGUCCAAAAGUGGAAAUAUAUCAGGUUAUAAUUUUUUUGUUAAUUCAUUUAGAAACAACAAUUAAUAACAUUAAACAUUAUCUAUUUUGUAUAGAUACGCUGACGAUCUAGCGGAAAAAAGUGUACUAAAAAAAUUGUUAUUUUUAAGUUAUCUUCCUCAGUUCUCGGAUAAAAAAAAAAACACAACUCGAAAGUUGAACAAACAUACCAAGAUUUACGGAACAUGCGGCAUUCGGACGGUUGGCUAAGUUAAGCGCUUAUUCGAAUCCCGCGUUGCGCAUUAAUCUGGUACAAAUGAAAAGUGUUCUAAUUAUAAGAAUUAUCUCCGGCCAUAGAUCAGGCAUCUCCAACAGGAUAACUCCUUGCGAUUUUUAACCAAAAUUUAUGAACGAUGUUGAACUUGAAUUGUAAUUGUUGGUUACAGAUUGAAUUUAAUUAAUCCCAGAUGUGAGGGAUAUCACUUUAAAAAUAACAAAUAGUUUAGUUAUGACGUCCUACACAUUAAGUUGAUCAUCGGGGCUCAAUGAACGACGAAGCUCUCAAAUUAGCUGAUUUAACAAGAUGGCCGCAACAUGCCACAAUUAGUUUUGACUAGUUUACAUCCUAAGUCUACGUAUCACUACAUAUUGUUCUAAUUUAUCACAGUUCUUCAGUGUACUAAAAUAUGUAGUUCUAAGAUUUUAGAGUAAAUAGUGUACACAAAUAUUCAUUCGAGAGCUCAUUGAAAUAUAUAAUAUAUAGUAUCGAUAUAUUUAUAUCGAUACCUCACUUCCAAAGUCACAAGUCUGAAAUGUGAGAGAUUACCAAAGAGAAACAAGUCGAUAAGUGAAUGCAGUUAAGUUGUUACUUACUUAUCUUACUUAUCACCAUAAGUCUAAGAUAUUUACGUUUAAUAUACAGUAACAAGUCGAGUUGUUUUCUGUUGGAACCCUUGUCUGAAUUGUUACUCUAUGGAAUUGAGGUAUUGAUACAUAGUGUGGUGCUAUAAUGGCGUCAUAAAAUGAACACACGGGCAGAAUUACUUAACUGUAAUCUUAAAAAAUUUAAUCUAAAUAUUAAAGUAAAUAAUUGAAAUUUUCUAAAAGAAAUAUAAUUUUAAUCACCUUUACGUGGGCGCUAGUUCUGAACGGCUAGGGCGCGACGUGGUACAAGUAGGCGUCAGUACCUACACUACCGCGCGACUAUUAGAUUACUUACAGCUUGUUCAAAAGUAAAACCAAAUGAUAAAUAAAAUAUAUUGAUUUAUACACACACACUCACGCCUUGUUCCCGUCGGGGUAGGCAGGGGCAACAGAAUGCCACUUGCUUCUAUUCUUACAAACCUCACGCGCUUCAUCUACAUUCAUUACUCUUGGUCGCCGAAUCCGUGUGCUUCGUACCUUUUCUUUUUCAAAACGUCCGUGGGCCAGUCGAUUGGCCACACAUUCAUUGCAUUGGUUUCAACCGAAAUUGAUGUAUCGAGGUGUCAUUAUGACUUUUUUAUGAUUAGGGUUUCGUAGUUUUACCCGUGUGUUUGUUUUUUUUUGUGUCGCCAUUGUAACUGGAUGGAUGGAUAUAUAGAUAUCCUGUAUAUAAUAAAGUAUGAAUCUUAUAUAUACUUAAUUCGAGACUCGUUAAUACAAUAAUUAAACGAACCAAAUGAACAUAUGAUUUUUCGAAUAUAUUUCACUUUGCCUGAUUUAUCAACAUAUAGAAGUUAUUUCAUUAUUUUUAUUUUUAUUUAAAUUUCAUAUUAUGUGUAUAGUUUUGUUGUGAUAACUUAUUGAAAUUGAUAACCAAUACAUUUUGAUUUAAAAUUGUUUAGACAACAAAAUAAUAUAACUGAACCUAAAGAAAAGUUUUUUUAUGCAGAUGUAUAAGAUCAUGAAGAGAAACGAUGGAAUGGUAAUGAAAAGAGCUAUGAAAGCUCAUAAGAUAACACCAUGAAUAUAAUAUGGUAAAGUAUGCUGAGAAAGAUGAUUGAGAAUUAUUGUAAAUGUUAAAUAUAGUGAUGUAAGAUGACUAGUAUUUUGUUCGUAGCUAAUUCAUUCCUUAAUUUAUAAUUGUUCCAUGUAUUUAUAAUAUGAAUUGAAAGUGUUUAUAAGAAUUUAUAAUGCAUUUUGUGAUCUGGUAGAAGGAAUCACUUACAUAUUUUAUUAUGUGUUGUAUAUUGUGAACGGUGAAUCGAACAAGUUAGUAGAGUAUAGUUAAGUUAUUAAGUAUAGGUGUGUUAAGUUAGCAUGAUGCAUAAUUUACUUAACAUAUGACUGAUGUUGAAACAAUCGCCAGUUUUUUUUAUGAUUUCUAUCAUACUGUACUAAAUAGUAAUAAAGCGAGAAUUAUGAUUUGAAAUAAAUAAUAUUAAAUGCGAAAUAAUUAAACUGAUAUAGUGUGAAAUGUAUACGGAUUAACGCUUCAUGGUCAACCGAGAACUAAAUAUGAAAAAUAUUAAGAAGGAAGUAAGUAAGCUUAUUGUAAAAAAAACCUAGCACAACCUUUUAAAAGAUUACAAAGACGGGCAUACGUUAUGUUUGGGAAAAUCACUGGAUUUUGCUCUAAACACUACCUAUUUCUUAAUAAAAAAAAGAAAGCCAUUUUAGAGUUGUGUUGAUGAAGAUUGAAAUAAUAUGACUGACAACACCCAUCUUUUUUCUCAUUCUUCUAAGCAAUUCUUCAUAAUUUGUCUUCAUAACGAACAAUCACAUCUCAAAACCAUUAGGCUUAGAUCAUUUAUACGUCUAGAUAAACAGCUGUGAAAACGUCGAUAGUAAUACACUUUAGAACUAACCUCUAUUUUGAGCAAUUCACGCACACUAACACAGUGUCAAAUCGCGAGUGUAAGACGUAGCUUGUCACGCACACUAAACUAAUAACUAAUAUUCCUGGCCUGUUUUUAUCGGUUGUCUAACAGCAAGAGUAUCUAGACGUAUAAAUUAUCUAAGGCAUUAAGUUUGUUUAUUGUAUUCUGGAUAUAACGUAGCACUUCACCAGAGGCCAGCAAAGCUUUAAUAUGUGUUGAUAAAAAAGUAUUUUAAUAAAUAUAUUUCCCGCCAUUUUAAUCUAUAAUAUAUACUGUGUUAAGUAAAAUGGCGCUUAAAAUUACAUCAAAAAUUCAAUCCAUCUUUAUUAUAAGAUAUAUCUUAUAGUAUACUAAUAAACCGGCAUUCCUCAUAAAUCUCGGAAUAUAGUUAUGAGGCGGUAAUUAUAUCUAACUAGAUCUAUAGGAAAACGCUCUUUACCCAGUUUUCACGGCCGUCAUAUUAUGUCGCUAAUCUUUCUUCGUAUGAAGCUUUAUCUCUUUGUUUUAGCUCAAACUACAUUAUGUAGCAGCGAAUUUACAGUUACAUACUACUACUAUACUAAGCAGAGGUCCAUCACCCAGAUAAUACGACAAUACGACAUAGGCACCUUCAAAAAACCGCGCUUACAAACAUUCUAAAACGCCGGUAAUGCUCCUGUGAUUCCUCUGGUGUUACAAGAGAAAGUGGGCGGCGGUGAUCACUAUAAAAAAUAAAAUCUAAUAUAAAGCAAGCCAGAAGUUCCUCCACAUAACCAACCAAUAAUUAUACUUGACGCUUUCUUGAUUCUUUAUCAACUAUAAUCUAGUCUACACUAUCCCACGUCCUCUCCUUUACAAGCAGAUGUUUCCUGGAUUGUUUGGACUCAUACAUAUGUGUCUCAUUAGAAGUAUGUGUAUCUUUUUUUAUCAUUAUGUAUUUCUUAAUUAAUGCCGUUAAAUUCUAGAGUUAUCAUUACUUAGGUAUUUUUCUGUUCUCGCUUUAUCAACGUUUUCAUUGUGAAAUGUGUAAAUUCAGUCCAAGUUAUGUUGGACUGAUAAAGGUUUAAAAAAAUGUUUCGAUAACAUACCUGUCACACGUCAUCUGUAGCAUAUGGGCCUAAUAAAUUAUUAUGAAACGAUAUAAUAAUAAUAACCUUUGAAAAGAAGUCACAUUAAAGGUUAAAAUAAGAAUUUGUUAUCUUUAAAUAUUCUUAAAAGUAUAUGUAAUUUGUGAUGUUUUAACAGUAUUUUAAAGUUUUCUACAUUAAAACUAUUGAAUACAUUACUAACUAUAUCAGAUGACAGCAAUAAAAACACGUCGGAAUUGUUUUUUUUUUGUGUUAUUAAUUUUAUAUGUAUUUUUGGCAUUUAACAGAAACAGAACAAUCUCUUUAAAUAAUGUAAUUUAACAUAAUGUACCUACUGUGUUAUUACUGUGCGUUAAACAUUGCAAAUCAGCGCCGUUUUGAUGACUAAAGCAAAAUGUAACAAUAUUCGAAUUGACUCAUUAUCAAACAAAGUAUUAGGUACUAUUUCAAUCUACUUAUAUAUUAUAUAUAUAUUUUGUAAAGAUAGCAUAAUAAGAAUUUUGACAUUUCAAUCUAUUUUGACGUAUAAAGCUAUACUUUUGCUGUCGGUUUUGCUGUCUCAGUAUUGUCAGCGUGCUUGAGUUACAGAAUUGUAAUUUGCAAGCUUAUUUGUCGUGUUUUUGUAGAUAUAUUUACUAUGUAUAUGAUAAUUAGAACGUUUAAUCAUUUGGUUACGUGCGUGUGCGCCGCCUUACGUGUAAAUAAAAUACAAGUUUGAGGGUUGAGUGUGGUCUGUGACUCUCGUGUCAGCUCUAUAGGAAUAUAAUAAGUUUACAAAUAGGUGCAAAUCAUCGUUCGUGUAAUAAUGGAGAACUGAAUAAAACAUGGUCGAAAACG